AUGGGGAUGUCGCUCGGCCCGAUGGGCCUAAGCCUGGCGCUGCAGAGCGUGGAGCUCCAGACCCACCUCACGGUGACCCUGGUCGUGGAGGGCAUGACGGGCCCCGACUGCGUCGAGAAGGUGACGAAGGCGCUGAUCGCGAUUGAGGGGGUGGUGUGCGUCGACGUGAGCCUGGACCUGGAGGAGGUGGACGUCGUCUACCAGCCGUUCGUCCUGAGGCGGGACCUGCGCGACGCGGUCCGAAGGGCCGGCUACACGGCUGGCGUCCAAAUGAACGGCGCGAUGUCCCACACACACACGGACCCGUCGUCGACCCGCCGGUCGCCGUCCUUGUCGAACGUCAGGAGCCCCGACCGGGACUCCCUCCAGCCGCUUGGCUUCGGAACCAUGCCGGGCGCGGCCGCCACGGACCGCUCGAUCUCGGAUCCAACGGCUUCUCGGGGCUCCUCGUUAAAUUGA